GAGGCGGGGCUAGUGCAACUCGAGUUUCCUUUUUUCAAUGAAUUUUUCCAGUGAAAUUCGGGAGGAUGUUUGGGCGCAUGCGUUAAAGUUGUAGUUUUUGUGUUCGGCGUGAUGCGGCGUCUGCAGUUGUCUCUUGGGGUUUUACAUGUUUUUAUUCUGUUUCUGUUUACUGUGUGCUGGGGAAGUAGCUCAGCAGAUACACGCUGGAAAAAAAUUCUUGUUCAAAUUGAUGAGGCAGUGAAGAACUACAGGCCAUGUGUGAAAGAUAACUGUGAGUGUCAUAAAAGAGUUAGGGAGCAAGACUUGGCUCCUUUUCGAGAUGGAAUCUCUGAGGAGUUGCUGUCAGAAGCAAUCCGUCGAAAACUUGGGACACACUAUCAGAUCAUUGAGAAGAAGUUGUACCGGGAACAUGAUUGCAUGUUCCCUGCAAGAUGUAGUGGGGUUGAGCACUUCAUCCUGGAAAUUAUUCAGAACCUUCCUGAUAUGGAGAUGGUCAUCAAUGUGCGGGACUACCCCCAGGUGCCCAAAUUUAUGAAACCAAGAGUGCCUGUUUUAUCUUUUAGCAAGACUUCAGAAUACGAUGAUAUUAUGUACCCUGCCUGGACAUUUUGGGAAGGGGGACCAGCUGUUUGGCCAAUAUAUCCUACAGGCCUUGGGCGUUGGGACCUAAUGAGAGAAAACCUCCAAAGGUCAGCAGAAAAAUGGCCCUGGGAGAAGAAAAUUCCCAAAGCCUAUUUUCGAGGAUCCAGGACAAGUGCAGAACGGGACCCCCUCAUUCUUCUUUCUCGAGAGAAUCCGGAUCUUGUUGAUGCGGAGUACACUAAGAAUCAAGCUUGGAAAUCUGAAAAAGAUACUCUUGGGAGACCACCUGCAACAGAAGUUCCACUGGUAGACCAUUGUAAAUUCAAAUACCUCUUCAAUUUUCGAGGAGUUGCAGCCAGUUUUCGUUUCAAACACCUUUUCCUGUGUGGUUCUUUGAUCUUUCAUGUUGGAGAAGAUUGGCAAGAAUUCUUCUAUCCACAACUGAAACCUUGGGUUCACUAUAUCCCAGUUCAAUCUGAUCUUUCUAAUGUGAGAGAGCUAUUGGAAUUUGUAAGUGAAAAUGAUGGUGUUGCUCAAAAAAUUUCUGAGAGGGGUCACCAGUUCAUCAUGGACCACUUGCAAAUGGAAGAUAUCUCUUGUUACUGGGAGCAACUUCUAAAGGAGUAUUCUAAAGCCUUGACUUAUAAAGUAAAACGGAAGAACAACUAUAAUGAGAUACUGCCCAGACCUUUGAAAACUGAACUGUAAAAAAAAAAAAAAAAACACUUCCAAUCAGGAUGAUGUACAUUUUAAAAUCAGGAAAGGAGAAUUGUUCCUUUAACCGGUGGAAGUUCGGUGUGUUGACAAACUAAAGAGAGAAGAAUAUUGUUGCUAUUUACUGCAAUGUAUUAAAUGAUAAUGGGAGACUGUGAAUUCUAUUUUAUAUUGUGGUCAGUAAAGUUAUGUUAAGAAGAGGGUGGAAAUUUUUAAAAAUUUCUUAAUUGUUACUCAUGUCUACUGACUCACCAGUGUCAUAUUGACCCUACUUUGUGGGUCAUAAUUGCUAAGUGAAUCAUUAACCUACCAAUGAAAUCAUCCUGAAUUGUUGUAAAACAAUGAAUUCCAUGUUGUCUAAUGUACCAGUACAUUCCUGAUACAGUUUAAUUCAUCGGUUAAGCCCAUCAUUCUAAAAUAAGCUACUGAACACUUCUGGAAAGCUUGUAAUCAAAUGCAAGUAGUCCUUGACUUACAAAAGUUCAGUUAGUGACGGUUCAAUAGCAUUGA